CUGAAAGAUAGGGACAUGACCCAGCCUUUUCUGGCAGCGAGCUGGCCCACUUCCCACCGGGAGACCUCUGGUCCCGACUGUGUUCAGGGUCUGUCGUGGGCCAGGCCCUGUGCUGGGGAUCAGAGCGUCCAAGAUGGAGAAGACACGGUUUCAGCUUUGUCGGGCUGGGGAAGGAAGUCUAAAGCCAAACCCAACGGGAAGAAGCCCGCCGCCGAGGAGAAGAAGGUGUACCUGGAGCCGGAGUACACCAAGUCUAGGAUCACCGACUUCGGGUUCAAGGAGCUGGUGGUGCUGCCCCGGGAGAUCGACCUCAACGAGUGGCUGGCCAGCAACACCACGACGUUCUUCCACCACGUCAACCUCCAGUACAGCACCAUCUCAGAAUUCUGCACGGGAGAGGCGUGCCAGACGAUGGCCGUGUGCAACACACAGUACUACUGGUAUGACGAGCGGGGGAAGAAGGUCAAGUGCACGGCCCCCCAGUACGUCGACUUUGUCAUGAGCUCCAUACAGAAGCUGGUGACCGAUGAGGACGUGUUCCCCACAAAAUACGGCCGGGAGUUCCCCAGCUCCUUCGAGUCCCUGGUGAAGAAGAUCUGCAGGUACCUGUUCCACGUGCUGGCCCACAUCUACUCAGCCCACUUCAAGGAGACCCUGGCCCUGGAGCUGCACGGACACUUGAACACCCUCUACGUCCACUUCAUCCUCUUCGCCCGGGAGUUCAACCUGCUGGACCCCAAAGAGACCGCCGUCAUGGACGACCUCACGGAGGUGCUGUGCAGCGGCGGGGGCCGCGGCGGGGGCAGCGGGGAUGGGGCUGGUGGGGGCGCAGGGGCACAGAACCACGUGAAGGAGAGGUGAGCCCCGGCCGGACGGGCAUGCCCGCGUGCAGAGACGUGGUCCGCGUGCCUGCGUGUGUCUGCGUGUGCGCGCACACGGGCCAGGCACGCUGGGCAGAGGUCUGAGAGGCGGCGCUGCCCCCCCGGCCGCGCGGCGUGUGGGCGCCUCGGACCCGGGGCCGCUCCCCGCGGUUCUCCCAGCGCUGUCCUUCCGGCGGGCAGGCGUCUGCGCCGCUGGUCAGGCAGGAUCUCUGGACUCCAAUCCAUCACGCACUCGGCAAACACUUCCGGACUGACGUUCUGAACUUCCUUCUGGGGUCUUUUCUUUCCUUGGUCUUCCACGCGCCAGCCCUGGGGCCCCACCUUCAGGCAGAAGCACGGGAGGCAGGGCCCCCAUCGGGGCUGGGGCUGCAGACUCGCUGCCACUUUGUUUUGUUUUGGGGGCGCGGCUGCUUCUAGCGACUCCUCCCCAGUCCUCCCUCCUCUCUCCUGCCUGGUCCGGACCUUGGCUGGUGGUGCUCAGAGCAGGUGGGGGGUGCAGGUGCCCUGCGGGGCCCGGGCCCACAGGCUGUGUUACUUCUGGGCUUGCCGGGCUCAGGGCUGAGGGGCCGGGGCGGGCAGCCUGUGUGGAGUCGCGGCUGCCGCCCCCGGAAAGCACCGCUGGCUCGCCGCCCGCCAUUUGGGUGUAAUAAAAACAGUUCUCUCA